AUGGAGAAUAAAGACAAACACGACAAAGGUCAUAGCAUUAUUUUGGAACGGAAGGAACGCGUUUCCUUCGAGGGACGGCAAAGGAUCUACAUCAAGAGCAAACCUAAACCGGUUAGGGAACUUUACCGCCAUCCAUCGGUGCGACCUUCCGGUCCCGCCACGAAGCAACCGAAAGCCAAGGAAUCGUCCUCCUCGGAGGGCAAUGAGAAAAUUCAGCGAACCCUCCAGCAGGUGAACAGCCUGAACCGGAAGAUCGAACAUGAGAUAGACAAGUUAAAGCACUUCCACGACUAUAUCCUCAAAGGCAAAGAGAUUAGGACCACAUCGAGGAGCUCGCAGAUGGCGGAUACUAGGAACAUGACAUGGAGCCAUAGUUUGGAGGCCAAUCAAGCCAAAGUCAGUCCCCUGGCUUUAAAUAGAAGUCCGGUAUCUGGUUUCGCAAAGGACUUUUUAGGAUCCCCCAAAUCGGAGGGAAAGUCACCGAAAUGUCGCACUAUUGCCGUAAAGUCUUCUCCAACCACGGAUUCUCGAGAUCUUAGCCAAAGAGCAUGUGGUGGCUGCUGUUACGGAAACUACCAAUGUUGCCAUCGAAACUGCCUCUAUCAUUCCAGGAGCCCCUGCAACUGCAUCUGCCACACAAGAGGAAACCAAGAUUGCUGCGGUUUUAAUUAUUAUAGUGGUGAUAUGUCACCUCAACAGAAUAUGCAGUUUGUCAUGCCUCGUCAAACUGUUGGAAGAAAGGCCACUGAUCUGAACACCGAGGAGAUUUGCCGCGCUCGGGGUUCCAACUCGAUAAAAGAACGUACUGCAUCACCAAAUAAUCAAAAAGAGUCAUCAUCACCAACUCGAACACGGGAUAAAAAGUGUUUAGACAGGAAUAGAAAAACUACAACUUUAAGGAAAUUGGAAAGGAUGACAAACCGGGAUGCUAAGAAUAUUGACUCCGCCUCAAUGAAGCAAUAUAACAUGAAAAAAGAAAAUCAAUCUUUAGAAGAUUGUCAGCCAGAAAGCACUAAAGUGAAAUCGGAAGAAUUAGUGAGCGACGAAUUAGUUUCCCCAAAAGAGGUGAGUAGUAAAGCUUCACCAACUAAAUUUGCCGAUGAAGACCACACGGAUGAAAAGAAGGCUCAAAUGUAUGAGGAAUAUUUCAAUAUGUAUCAAAAGGUGCACUGCAAAAGCGAAAAUCUAGGCCAAACGGACGUGGAUGCAAUUCCCACGUACUCAAGGAUACCACUUGAUGAUACAGAAUGCACGACGCAACUCGAACAAAAACCAUCUUAUAGUCCAAAUAGAAAUAAUUUUACGGAUUCAGAUAGGAAGGAAUGCCAGGAUUUUAAGGAAGAUCAAAAAGGUGAAAUAUUCGAAGAAGACAAGUGUUUUUGCCAAGUUGAUCAAAAUAGCGACCAAAAUAGUCCUGAUGAAGACAAACAACUUAAAGAAAAUUGUUGCUGUGAUGAGUUCAAUGGUGGUUCCUUAUCACCUAGCACCUCUCCAGGAUCAGGUCCCGAUGGUUAUUAUCAAGGCAAAAGACCAGGUUUAUUUAAUACGGAAGAUUUCUAUAAAGAAGAAAUGUACAGAUCCCCUGGAAGUCUCCCAACUAAUUGCGAUUAUUCGAGGCAGAAAGAACAGUCGGCUAAAGAUAGGUACUUCUACGAUUCUACUCCUGUGGCUCCAUGGAAUUAUACCAAACCAAUUAAAAUAAAUAGGUAUACAAAUCAUUAUAAAAAGGAUACAACCAUAACAGAUAUGAAUCCUCAUCAAUCCAAAUCAAUCAGAUCUAAAGAUACAAAGUUAAAGACGGUAAAAAAGGAGUGUCGGGAGGUAUCAAAACAGCAAAUCUUUUUGCAACAAGCAUCGAAUGACGUAAGUAAAUUAGAGGCUCACCCUUAUCCGCGCUCGAUUUCUGCUUAUAGUACGAAAAGCACCAGUUAUGCCUCAUUGCCAUCGCAACUAAUGAAAGCUGCUGCAGUGAGGCAGGUUCAAAAAGAGGCCCAAACAGAGACUCCAAGUCGGCAGGAAACUCCCACGCAAACUGAGACGCAACCCUCGUUCGAGAAGGCUGCCCAAGUUUGCCUGGAACAACAGAGAAGUUUUCGAGGGCAACCAACCCCACCAGGAGCAAAAUUUUCACCUCAUGAAGUCUCGUCGCACAAUGAAAGUGCUGAAACUUUAUUUAAAAACGUACACUACACACAGAAUGAAAAAGACGGAAACAUGCAAGAAAAUCUUAGAGAUACUUCUCCAAGCGCACCAAGAAUAUUAAAGAAGUCAUCAUAUGAUUCACCGAGUCCUAAAAUGAUGGAAGAUUCGUAUAGACAAGCCGGCCAAAGCCCUCAUAAAGAAUAUUAUAGUAACAUUUCAUCUUUAGAAGCCCGAGGUCAAAGUCCCAAUGGAAUCUAUCCGCUAAAUCCUCCGCCUUCGGGUUUGCACUCCAAACAAAGUCCUGUAUCCGGACAGUUUAGUCCUAGAAGGAUAAAAGAUUCGAUCAUACUAGCCAGCCAAAGCCCUCAUGAAGAGUAUUAUAGUAACAUAUCUUUAGAUGAUCGAGGUCAAAGUCCCAAUGGAAUCUAUCCGCUAAAUCAUCCGCCUUCGGGUUUGCACUCCAAUCAAAGUCCUGAAUCCGGACAGUAUAGUCCUAGAAGGAUAAAGGAUUCGAUCAUACUAGCCAGCCAAAGCCCUCAUGAAGAGUAUUAUAGUAACAUAUCUUUAGAUGAUCGAGGUCAAAGUCCCAAUGGAAUCUAUCCGCUAAAUCAUCCGCCUUCGGGUUUGCACUCCAAUCAAAGUCCAAGCCACUCUUUAAAUGCCCGAGGUCAAAGUCCCAAUGGAAACUAUCCACUCAACCAUCCGCCUUCGAGUUUGCACUCCAAUCGAAGUCCAAGCCCAGCCAAGUCCAAUCAGAAACAAAUUCCUUACACGAGUGGAAAUCGGGAGCAUUUCCAAACUCAGAGUGAUAGUGAGUCCUUCGGGGAACCUCAUAUCCCAUACCAAAAUUGUCAUCAUCAAAUCGAGCCGAGAUAUAUUACGACUCGACCUGAAUAUCACCAGUCAAACAAAAGUAAUCAGGUUUGUAAUCAUCGAUGCCCAAGGUCGUGUUUACAUUCCCCCAGAAAUUACACACGCAUCGAAAACCGGGAUGAUCCUGUUUUGGAGACUAUUUGCGAGAAGCGCACACGAAGAGUCACCUUCGAAAACGAUUGUGGGGAUCUGACCAAGGAGGAACACGUGCAGGAAACCUGUCAUAGUCAGAUCGAUUGGGAACGGGCCGCCAAAUAUCACCUGAUCGAUCAAAGCGAUGGGCCGGAUAAUACAGAUGAUAAUCAUACCUGCAGAUCCAGCAGUUCGGCGGAUCACACCUGCAUCGAAUCCAACUGCGAUGACGAGGACUUUGCCAGUUGCGAUGAGGGGCACUCCCAGAGAAAUUUCGGUAGGGUGCCCUCUUUCAAUGCCUGUCCCUGUAUGUACCAGACGUAUGUCAACCUGGCAGCCAUGUGCCAACAGGAAGGUCGCUUCAUUCAGUGA